AUGGAUAAAACUGCAGUUGCUGAUAGAAAGAACGCCUUCAAAAACAAGGAUGCUUUCGGCUCUGAUCAAGUGAGAAAUCGUAGACAAAAGCACACUGUCGAAAUCAGAAAGCAAAAGCGUGAGGAAAACUUGUCCAAGCGUCGUAACAUGAACAUCCCUAGCGCGUCCAUGUCUGACAGUGAGGACGACAUUGAAGUCGAGGAUGAUAUCAAUCUCCACGCCAAUUUGGUCGCUUUGAUUGCCGAUGUCAACUCCAACGAUGUUGAGAAACAAUACGAUGCCACCACCAAAUUCCGUAAGCUUCUCUCCAAGGAAAAGAACCCUCCCAUCAAGGAUGUCAUUGCUACUGGUGUUGUCCCCAAGUUUGUCGAGUUUUUGAGAUCCACACAUGCUUUAUUACAGUUUGAAGCUGCAUGGGCCUUGACCAACAUUGCCUCUGGUUCCUCUGACCAAACUCAAGUCGUCAUUGCCUCUGGUGCCGUCCCUAUUUUCAUUGAGUUAUUGAGCAGCAACAUUCCCGAUGUCAAGGAGCAAGCUGUGUGGGCUUUGGGUAAUAUCGCUGGUGAUAGUGCAGUGUGUCGCGAUUACGUAUUGGAACAAGGUGCAUUGAUGCCAUUGUUGGUCAUCCUCAACGAACAACACAAAUUGAGCAUGCUGCGUAAUGCUACCUGGACACUUUCCAACUUGUGUCGUGGUAAGAACCCUCAACCUGCAUGGGAGAUGGUGGUCCCUGCUUUGCCUGUGCUCGCCAAAUUGAUUUAUUCCACCGACGAAGAAGUCUUGAUUGAUGCUUGUUGGGCUAUUUCCUACUUGUCUGAUGGCUACAAUGACAGAAUUCAAGCUGUGAUCGAAUCAGGCGUCUGCCGUCGUUUGGUUGAAUUACUGAUGCACCCUAGCUCCAGCGUGCAAACACCUGCUCUUCGUUCUGUAGGUAACAUCGUUACUGGUGACGAUUUACAAACACAAGUCAUUAUCAAUUGUGGCGUCUUGGGUGCUUUAUCCUCUCUUUUGGGUAACCCCAAGGAAGCCAUCCGCAAAGAAGCCUGUUGGACUGUGUCAAACAUCACGGCUGGCAACACUGCUCAAAUUGACGCUGUUAUUGAAAGCAACAUUAUUCCCCCCUUGGUCCACAUCUUGUCAACUGCUGAAUUCAAGACACGCAAGGAAGCCUGUUGGGCUAUUGUCAAUGCUACCAGUGGUGGACUCAACAAGCCUGCACAAAUUCAAUACAUGGUCAGCCAAGGUAUCAUCAAGCCCUUGUGUGAUGUGUUGACAGGUCUCGACAAUAAGAUUAUACAAGUGGCAUUGGACGGUUUAGAGAACAUUUUGAAGGUUGGAGAUCAAGAUCGUCCCAAUGAUCCCGAGGGCAUCAACAGAUACGCACUUUACAUUGAAGAAUGCGGUGGCAUGGAGCUGAUUCACCAAUUGCAGACACAUCGCAACGAAGAUGUGUACAAGAAGGCAUAUCACAUUAUCGAUCGUUACUUCAACGAUGAGGACGCCGAAGACAUGACAGAUGAAGGACAACCUCAGCAAUCAUUUAGCUUCCAAUCCAACGUAGAUGUUCCUCAAGGUGGAUUUAAUUUUGGUUCUUAA